CCGCCGCUCACUUCUGUCUCAAUAUGUCUCAAGAUGGCGGCCAAUGUGGGAUCGAUGUUUCAAUAUUGGAAGCGCUUUGAUUUACAGCAGCUGCAGCGAGAACUUGAUGCAACGGCGACAGUGUUGGCUAACCGACAAGAUGAAAGUGAACAAUCAAGAAAGAAACUUAUUGAACAAAGCCGUGAAUUCAAGAAAAACACUCCAGAAGACUUACGCAAACAGGUAGCUCCACUGUUGAAGAGUUUCCAGGGAGAGAUUGAUGCAUUAGGCAAAAGAAGCAAAGAAGCAGAAGCGGCAUUCUUGAAUGUCUACAAGAGAUUAAUUGAUGUUCCAGAUCCUGUUUCAGCUCUAGAUCUGGGGCAGCAGCUCCAAUUGAAAGUCCAGCGCAUGCACGAUAUUGAAACUGAGAACCAGAAACUUAGGGAAACCCUUGAGGAAUACAACAAAGAAUUUACGGAAGUGAAGAAUCAAGAGGUGACAAUAAAAGCACUUAAAGAGAAAAUUCGGGAAUAUGAGCAGACCCUGAAGAAUCAAGCAGAGAACAUUGCUCUUGAAAAAGAACAAAAGUUGCAAAAUGACUUUGCUGAAAAAGAAAGAAUGUUGCAAGAGACGCAGAUAUCAACAGCCUCAAAGCUGGAGGAAGCUGAACACAAACUGCAGACAUUACAAACAGCCUUGGAAAAAACACAGACAGAAUUAUUUGACCUGAAGACAAAAUACGAUGAGGAAAUGACAGCAAAGUCGGAUGAAAUUGAGAUGAUCAUGACAGACCUUGAAAGAGCAAAUCAAAGGGCAGAGGUAGCUCAAAGAGAAGCAGAGUCCUUGAAGGAGCAACUCUCAUCUGCAAACAAAUCUCUCCAGCUGGCUAACCAGAUUCAGAAAGCACCGGAUGUGGAGCAGGCCAUUGAAGUGUUAACACGAUCCAGCCUGGAAGUAGAACUGGCCUCCAAAGAACGAGAAAUUGCUCAGCUGGUUGAAGAUGUUCAGAGACUUCAAGGCAACCUUACCAAGCUUCGGGAAAAUUCCACCAGCCAGAUCUCCCAGCUCGAGCAGCAGCUGACUGCCAAGAACAGCACUCUCAAACAACUGGAAGAAAAGUUGAAGGUGCAAGCUGACUAUGAUGAGGUUAAGAAAGAAUUAAAAACAUUGUCUCCAGCGGAUUCCCCCGUGGCACCUGCCCGGCCCUUUACCCACUGCUGCGCGGUCCUCUUGGCCGUCCUCUCGCUGCCGCUGCUGCCGGUCACACUGAGCGAGGCUGAAGAGGCGGCGAGCGGGCAGCCGUGCCCCUUCGCCGUCCUGCCGCCGCCGCCGCCCUCGGUGCUGCAGGAAAAGGAGACCUUGGGCUGUGAGGGCGGCGAGGCCGACAGCGGAGUUGGUGCCGCUGCCUAUCUCAGUCACACGGACGAACGGCCAUGUAAACAGCACCAGAUGGCUCCGCCGCCGCCGCUGGAGAUGAGCUUGAAG